UGACAUCUCGGUGCCCCACUAUUUAGUUUUACCUAUAUAAAUAAACUUCAAGACUACUAGAUUUUGCUUUACAUAUUAUUUAAGAUGUCAGUGGCUAGGAAACUAUUAAGUAUGUCUAAAAGCAUCAAGUUCUGUGAGAAAUUGGGGAUCAGAGUGCCGAUAAUUCAAGCUCCAAUGGCAGGAAUAUCUACCAUUGAGCUUGCAAAUGAAGUAACUAAAUUCGGAGCUAUAGGUUCAAUCCCCGUAUCAACGAUUGACUUCCGUUCACCUAGCGGAAUUGAUAAAUUGAAGUCAAUUGUUGAUAACUAUGAAGGUGGCAAAAUAGUGAACUUGAAUUUCUUUUGUCAUGAAGUCGUAAAUCCUGUUACUGAAAGUCAAAUAACCUCAUGGAAAAAAAUGUAUAAAGAGGCCCUCUCCAUUUCAUCAUUGGAUCACGAGGAUUCCAACUUUAAGAAUGGGAAUAUUUCAUUUAAGGAAUACGAAAAUAAUGAAUCUGUAAUAGAAUAUCUUACGACAUUAAAGCCUAGCAUUAUAAGCUUUCAUUUCGGACAUCCAGAGAAGGAUACAAUCAAGAAAUUACAAAGUGCGGGGAUAAAGGUUGCAAUAACAUCCACGUCACUUGAAGAGACGAAAUAUUUGGUAGGCCUUGGGGUAGAUAUAUUAGUUCUUCAGGGAUAUGAGGCAGGUGGACACCGUGGGAACUUUUUAACUCUGAAGCAUUUUGAUGAGAAUUUAUCAACAUUAGCAUUAUUUCUUAAAUCUAAAAAAUAUGUUGAUGAUAACAACAUUGAUAUUGAUUUAGUUCCUACUGGAGGGAUAGUUGAUCCGAAAGUAGUUAAAUUAUAUAUUGACUUGGGAGCAUCCGCCGUUCAAUUAGGUACUGUGUUCCUUACAUCUCCAGAAAUUACUAAUAAUAAGUCAUAUCUUUUAUCAUUGCUUAAUAAACAAGAUUUCAAACCUACAAUUAUUAUUGACAGUAUUUCUGGAAAACCAGCAAGAGCUAUUCAGACAGAUUUUAUAAAAUCAUUAAUAACUGAAUCAGUACGUUUUAAUAGUUCAGAUUUACCACCUUAUGGAACAAUGUACAAUGCAUAUAAAACACUUAAACCAAAGAAAAUCACCAAUCAAGAUAUUGGAUUCUAUUUAAUUGGACAGAACUAUUUCCAAAUUGAUCCUUCAUUAUUAACUACAAAAGAUAUUCUUACGAAUUUAACUCUGAAUAUUAAUAGUAUAAAUCAUUAGUUAUUUUGCAAUAUAUUUUAAUGUAUGUGCUUAUGUAAGUGCCUGCACACAAAAAUUUCUUAAUCCAUUCAGGUUCGUUGAAGUUUUUUGCUCUCAAAAGAUGGAGGCAUUAGUAGUAA